CUUCUAAUAUCAACAACUUUAAUAACUUAGAGUUAACAAUAAACAUUAACUACACGACUUAAAUGUUACACUCCCUAGUUGACAUUUAAAAGAUUAUUGUAACAUUAACAUAAAUACAAGAUGGCUAUGCGUGCUGAACCAGACGUGGACCUCGAAGGGGUGUCAGAUGUGGAAGCCACGAUCGACUUCACAAACCCCAAAGACUUCACUAAGACCGUGCAAUCGUUCUUUCUCAAUGCGAACGCCCGCGACCCUGUUGGAGACCACACUGUUCUAGUCACAGGAUACCCAAAUAAAUGGUUUAACCCCGACAACGACAAAUCCACUCUGGUACCAGGAGCACACAAAGCCUUAUACUACCACAAUACUGAGAUCCUUCUCCUAACAAUGUUAGGACUCCCACAUGAAAUCGCCGCGAGGGAGUUUAGCAACAGCUUUAUCAUCAAGAUCGACGCAAUGGGAUGCCGUGAUGAUAUUAUGUCAACAGGGGGGGCGACGAGGUCAAUGAGCAACAUAAGCAAAGAGCCUGAUGCUUCGUGGGGCCCAGAUACAGCUCUCCCUCCUACCAACUCGACCUUCAUAUUAGAGGCCGGUGCAUCAGAGAGUGGUCGGGCCUUAGGCCGUGAUGCCAAAAUAUGGCUAGAACACGAGGAAUCUCACGUUACGCAGGUGAUAACGAUAAAGAUCUCCCGGCGGCAACCAGAGAUCGUAUUUACAGUCUGGAAGAGGGGCCGAGAACACGGAGACACUAGAGCUAACCAUCCACUGCGGGCAGUGGUGGAUCAGCAAAUCCAGGUUACGUUGCAGGAAGGGAGACCUGUCACUGAUGGGAUGCUGCGACUGUCUUUCGAGGAGAUAUUCGAGCGACCACAGCAGCUAGGAACAGCAGAGGGGGAUCUAACUUUCUCCACUCGCGAGCUCGGAGCCAUAGCGAGAAAGGUGUGGCGACGGAUGGGAAACGACAUUGAGUGAUGGGCGCGAAUUCGCGCCCACCACUCAAUCCCCGUCACGGUAUUUGGAGAUUUGGAGACGAUCUCGCUCAGUUUCGGGGAUUUCGCCUGGACAACCGCCCAGCACUGACACAGCCGCCUACCGUCGCAUCCAUCUCCAACCAAUCACAUGACUCCAAUCCCACCAAAUCCCCAAUUCGCCCCAUAAUUCAUCGAUUACCGUGGUUAUCCGUCGGUAAAGAGUCCAUCUCCACCCUGUCCAUUACACUCCAUUACCCCGCAAAGGACGUGUUUCCCCAACAAUCACCAUACAAUAACCAUACAAGCCAUACAAAGCACCCAGCCAUUCACCCCGUCUAACUGACAUCGUUACCCCGUUUAGGAAGUUAUUUGCGGUACCUCCGCGGCUUCGGCGAAAGAAAUAGCUUGCAGGUAACGGUAAACUGUGGCCAGCCACUUGUCUUUAGUAUUGUGGACUUUGUUUCUGGGCGAAUAAAGCUCUAUCCCGCUCCCUGCUACUCGUAUAGUCUCUUUCUCCCCUCCUCCUCUGCUCCUUCCCCUUCUCACGUCUUUCUCUCCCUCUCUUCAUCUUCAGCUUCAGCUUCAUCUUUUACCUCUCACCUACCUAUCCCGGUAACUCACAAUGCGUCGCUCCAUCGCCCGCAGCGUCCCCGCGCUCGCCUCCCGCGCCAGGCCCUCCCUCACCCCUCGCCUCGCCGGCCUCUCAACCACAACCCCAAUCCAAGCUUCCAAGCCCACCAUCCGCACUCUCCACAUCACCUCGCGCUCCCAGCAAGCCUCCUCCGCCGGCGUGAAGCUCACCUCCACCACGACCUCCUACCCAACUUCGCACGAGAAGAUCCAGAACCCCGUCGACACCCCCUUCUUCAUCGACAACAAGUUCGUCGCCUCCACGACGAGCGAGUUCAUCGACCUCCACGACCCCGCCACCAACAACCUCGUCACCCGCGUCCCGCAGAACACCGACGAGGAGCUCCGCGCC